ACCUUCAUUAAAGAUCAUUCAGCACGUAUCGUACAGAACAAGUAGAAUACCUUAUCGACCCAGAGAAUUAUCCCACGGGGAAUAGCCAGAGCAGGGAAAUCGACAUUGCGUCCAAAUGAAAUAUACCAGCCAGUAAUAAAUGGAAGAAGAGAGGACGUGGCUAAUCUUUCUUUUAACGCUCUUCUUCCAUCAAUCACAUGGUUGGCAUAGUUUUGGAAACACACCCUAUCAUUGCUGGCCAUUUUCGGCGUCCUCUUCAAGUCCAACACCAAUUACCUGCUCAGGCGUGUCUAUAGAAUGGCUUGUUCCUCCCCCGGCCGACGUGAUAGCGAACACUGCCUUCAAUGUGACGUAUGCAUUAAACCUAGAUUCCACGUUCUACACGUGGGCCAUUAACAACGGAUAUUUUGGUAGUGCUGGUGGAACAGGCUUCACUAAUGCAACAGCGGCACAGAUAUGGUGUGAAAAUACUGUCUGCCCAGACUACACGAGCGCGACAGAAAUCAACUGUUGUAUACACCAUGUCAACGUCCACUCGUGUCCCCUAGAUCAGACCACUAACUCACUUUGCGGACCAUGGAUUCCGGACGACGGUGCCGUUUUCACUCACUCCCAGGUCCUUGUAGGGUCAGUCCUGGUCCAAAACUGGACAAGCUACAUACCAGGUCUCAUUCAAACGGGUAUCAACUCUAUAAUAGCCCAUUUCAAAGUGGCAGAUCUCCAUGUCGUUCUUGAGGCUAAAACAACUGUAAAUCCAAAAUCAGAUUGUGGGAAUGGCGCGUGUGAGACAGCUGAUGGCGAGGACUGUGAAACUUGUCCAAAGGACUGCGGAACAUGCCCUCUCAAGGACUGGCAAAUUGGUCUGAUCGCAACGUCUGGAAUUAUCCUUUUGGUGGUCGCCAUCUGCACGAUUUUGUAUUUCCAGUAUCAGAAAAGGAAGUUACUCUGGGACGAGAGCUGGAUAUUACCAUAUGAAAAUAUCAAAGAAGAUGCAGGACUGCGAGGGGCGUUUGGAAGUAUGGUCAGUAUGACCUGUGGAAGCGGUCAGGAUAUGACGGGAAAGUCCAACAACAUGGUGAUGUCUGCAUUGAGGAAGCAAGUGUUUGCAAAGACGGCUAUUGUAGAUGGACGAACUGUGGCUGUACGAAGUAUUGCAAAAAAGGAAUUUUCCGUCAAUGAAACCAUCCGGUGGGAAGUAAAAUGUGUAAGGGAACUAGACCAUCAAAACAUAUGUAAAUUUGUUGGUGGCUGUAUAGACGUGCCAAACGUUUCCAUUGUCAGCGAGUAUUGUCCAAAAGGAAGCAUUACUGACGUGCUUCUUAAUGAUGAAAUACCACUCAACUGGGCCUUUAGGUUUUCGUUCGCUGCUGAUAUUGCAAGAGGAAUGGAUUACCUGCACUCCAAAAAUAUAAUACAUGGUCGACUGAAGAGCAGCAAUUGUGUAGUUGACGACAGAUGGACCGUUAAAAUAUCAGAUUAUGGAUUAAAGGAGUACAGACGGCAAGAUCAAAUCUUCAUGGAAGACGAUGACGACAAUGAAGCCGAUGAAUAUUAUAAAAGGAUGAGAGAACGAGUUUACAAGGCACCGGAGGUUUUUGACGUGAAUGAAUUCGAGGCAACGGCACCCAUUGAUGUGUAUGCAUAUUCUAUCAUACUCAUAGAGAUAGCGACAAGGAACGAUCCGUAUGAGGAUGAAGAUCCAUUCGACCUACCUGACCGCUGGAAACCGCCUUUACCUGAUCUUUCUCGCGAAGCCGCAGAUGAUGUAGAUAGUGCAUGUCCAUGCCCAGUACAAUAUAUCCAGCUAAUCAACGAUUGCUGGGAUAACAACCCUCUCAAAAGACCUUCAUUCGAGAACGCCAAAAGAGCUCUACACGUCAUGAAUCCGAACAAAAUGAGUCCGGUUGAUCUAAUGAUGGCAAUGAUGGAAAAAUAUUCAAAACAUCUGGAGCUCAUAGUUGCAGAUCGCACACAAGACCUUGUGUUAGAAAAACAAAAAACUGAUCGGCUACUGUACAGUAUGCUGCCUAGGACUGUUGCGGACGACUUGAAGUACGGCCGGACGAUAAACGCUGAACAGUUCGAAGCGUGCACGAUCUACUUUAGCGAUAUUGUAGGGUUCACCAAUAUAUCAGGAGGUAGCACGCCUAUGCAGGUGGUGGCCUUGCUGAAUCAUCUUUACAUCACAUUCGACGGCAUCAUCGACAAGUACGACGUCUACAAAGUGGAGACAAUCGGGGAUGCUUAUAUGGUUGUAUCCGGAAUCCCGAACCGAACUGUAUUCCAUGCUCGAGAAGUAAGCAAUAUGGCUCUGGACUUGGUCGCUGCAUGCAAAGUGUUCGAAAUUCCACAUCGCCCAAAUGAUCCUCUCAAAAUCCGUGUUGGAUUACACUCUGGUCCUGCAUGUGCCGGAGUAGUUGGAAUGAAAAUGCCUAGGUACUGUUUGUUUGGUGAUACAGUUAAUACAGCAAGCAGGAUGGAGUCAAAUGGUGAAGCAUACAAAGUACAUAUCAGUCAGUCAACAUAUCAGGAGCUCAAGAUGUAUGGCGGCUUUAAGUUCGAACUUAGGGGAACAAUCCCCGUUAAGGGAAAGGGAGAUAUGGAGACUUGGUGGUUACUAGCAAGGGAUGUGAAUUAUGAAAAAAUACAUGGAGCUCUCCCGUCCAAAUCACACCAAUCAGAGGAAAAUUCAAUCGAAAACGCUGAUAACAUAACGAAAAGCCAGAAAAGUGUUAGGAAGCCAGUCAAGAGCAAUUCGUCUCGCUUAGACGUUACUUAUUCCGACGAGCAAAAAGACAGAACAAACGAGAAUCCUUCGGUAAAGGAUGAGCAGGUCAUCACACCUGUUGAAUUGCCAGAUCCAACAAAAACAAGGAAAAUCAGCAACAUCAGUACUUCGAAUGACUCCGGAUACAACGAAAAAGCUGACGACGACCCCACCAAUGUUCAUGAAAUUAUUGUACAAAGUUAUGAAUCCCUAAGAGAAGCUACGGACGCAGAGCCUUGACAAAGUUACCAUGUGAGAACCAUUAAUGUUUUGUAAGUGAAGGAUAACGCUACGGUUUUUCGAGGUGGGAGCGGAAUUCUGACAGUGGAAUAUCAAUGGUUGCUUUCAAAGCAAAUUUUAGAUGCAUACAAACCAGAGAAAGAAUGUGUAUUUUUGAUUCCGCCAGGCUCCACUCUUUAAAAGAAUGUGUUGAAUUCUGAUACUGUCACUACGCAGUAUAUUUAACUUCUAAAUUGGUCAUAGAAUCCGGAUUUCAUGCAUCCGGCACGCGCUCUACACAUGGUUUACAACAAUACCAUACAUUGGUGCUGGACUGACUUUAUAUAGGUUUGUAAAUAGUUGUUGUAUAGUAUGUAUUUCAUUCUUCCGCAACUUGGAAUUCAUUCAUUAUAAAGUUAUGUCAAUGAAAUUGGAGGGGAAAGAUAAAAAGAGCUAGUUUACGGUAGUUCAUACAUGAAUAAUUUUCUCGUCUUUAUAUACCCGUCUCCUAUAUUUUUAGACCGAUUUCUUUGAAACUUGGUGGGUUUUAUAAUCAUGAGGUAUUGUUUUGUUUCCCUGAACAGAAUUCUAAUUCGACUAUUUUUGCAAAAGUAAUUGCCUUUUGUUUUUAUCGGUAUUUGAUUUUUGUCUGGAGGUCUCCUACAUUUUUAUCCGAUUGCUUUGAAACUUGGUAGGCUUUAUGAACAUAAUAUGAAGUUGUGUUUCAAACAAUUUUGAUUCGGCUAUUUUUGCAUUGGUUAGCGACUGCGUUCAUACCUUUGAACAAGAAUAUUUAACACAGUCGUUAACAAACCCAUUUUUAAGCCGUUAUAUAUCGUUAUAGAUGUAGAUAGCGCCAUUGUUACAGUAGGAUAUACAGUUUAAACGACCGUGUACCAUAGGAAGGGAGACAACGCUUAGGUAGAUUUGUGAUUGGUCGGCCGAAGUCUACAACAAAGCUGUAUAUAAUAAUGAUAUUCACAUAAUUAUCGGUAAAACUUACACAUUUAAUAUAUGUUCAUGUUUUUAGUUUUUAAAUUUGAAUGGGAAUUCAAGCCAUCUUAUCUGUGUAAAUAAAAUCAAUAUCCGCAUGAAGCCUUCAGAUACAAUAUAGUUUGUGCUGGUUUAUGAGAGCAGUUGUAAUGAGUUUGUGAGACUAUGUGGAAGAUAAAUCAGUUAGUAUUACGCUUUUACCUUAUACAUAAUUUGAAACAUUAGAACCAUGUAGCAUGAAAUCUUAAAAACGAUUGUCAGUAAAAAUGUGCUAUAGGUCGUUUGCUUAUCUUUGUAGAUUCGUUUUCUACUGAUUACGUACUGAGAAGACAAUCAUGUUGUUUUUUGUUAUGUUAGUAAAAUAUAUUGCAUCUUUCUUA